GUGGAGGAAAAUCGGUCACGGUUUAACCGGAAGCCGGAAACACUGCGCGGUUGGGGAUUCCCUGUCUUCCUGGUCUCUCUCUCUCUUUUCACUUCAAACAGUUGUACGCUGGUAUGGAAAACUGACUGAGGCAAAUCUGUGUCUGUAAUUGGACGGAGUGUGAAGGGGCAUUGCUCGAGUUCGUCAGUCGUGGUUUGUAACACUUUCCCUUUGACUAGUAUGAAAGAUACUAAUGCAAAAUCCUCUCAGUGAAGACCGUGAGAUGUUUCACUUGAAUCAGACAUAGAAGAGUCAACAGUGGACAAUAACAGAGGAAUUCAUGAGCCCCCCUAAAGAUGGAGACAUUCAGGGACAAGACUGUAGAUGAGCUGAAGAAGCUUCAAGAAGAUUCAGAAGAGAUUGAGCGUUUGACACUGGAGUCCAAUGAGGUCCAGAAUUUACAGUUGGAAAGAGAGAUGGCUCUGGCCACAAACCGUAGCUUGGCGGAGCAGAACCUCACGUUCCAGGAGCCUCUAGAAACAGGGCGUGCACGUCUCUCCGAUAAGUAUCAGGAUCUGCAGCAGCUGGUGGAACAUUGUCAGGAUCAGAAGACAAAACUGGAGAAGUUCUCUGUUUCGAUGCAGCCUGGCAUCCUGUUAAAUCUUCUGCAAAUUGAAGGACAGAAAAUUGAAGAAGAAUCUGAGGUAAUGGCUGAAAAAUUCCUGGAGGGCGAAGUGCCUCUGGAGAUAUUCCUUGAGCAGUUUUCCUCCAUGAGGAAGUUGUCCCAUGUACGGCGGGUGAAAGUGGAAAAGCUUCAGGAGGUGCUGAGGAAGCCUCAGUCUUCCCAAGAGCCAGCCAAGGGCUCGGAGUUCAACCAUCAGCCUCCUUCCCACACAUCCUCUGGGCCUGCAAAACAGCAGCCACAGAAUGGAUCAUCUGGAGAACCACCUUUUCCUUUACCUUACAGUCUUACCCCCAGCAUGCCUACCGGCCCUUUAGUUCAUGGAAAUCUCCAACCAGCACCUUUUGCAGGGGCACCUGUUGUAGCAGGCCUAGUUAGUUCCUCUCAGCCAAGUGUCCAACCCCCAUUUCCUUAUAAACCACCUGCAGGUCCUGGAUACCCACCAGUCUCUUCGGGUAGUUCAGUACCUCAGUCUCAGCCAGGAAAUUCAUCGUCAUCUCCUGCAUACCCUUGGUCUCCAUCCAGAGCACCUCCUCCUCCUGGCCCUGGUUACCCUCAACCUCCUUUUAGAUCUCCAAUGACAGCUCCAAGAUUUCCACAGCCUCCUUAUUUGUCAUCUGGGGGGAAUUCACAGUGCCCAUAUCCUACCACGCCUCCAGUGCCUAGCUUCCCUGUCCCCUCACAGCCUCCAUAUCCCAUAAAUCCAAACCCUUCCUUUGGGUAUCCACCUCUACCUCCUCGGGAUCCUUCUUGGUCAGGAUACUAGUCAAGGAUCCUGGGCAGUAUUCUUUGUUGUCCUCUUCUACAGCAUUACCUGAAAAAUCAACUCUUGCUAGCUAUUGAGGUCUGAGAUGCAACUUGGGAGUAUCAUCUUGAAAGAUACCUUUGUAAGCAUUAUUACUGAUGUUAUGCGUAAAUUAAUGCUGUCAGAGCUGAGAAGGAAUGCUGUUUGAAGGUUAAGCUUUCAAGUAGCAGUAUGCAUUGAUUGUAGGUAGCCAUUUGUGGCCAGAUGGACUGACCAAUGAAUUGGUCCAAGCCAUAGUAAAACAGAGAUCUGGACCCAUAGUAAAUAUGAACUGGCAUUGUUUCAAGUAAGCCCUCUGAGACAUACUUAGUGACAGUAAUAUAGAUUUGCCACCGUGUGGGUGUGUGCACAUGUGCACAGGUGUGUCUCGUUUUCUACUCUAGUGUGCUAUAUAUAACUAGAAUUCUAUACACUUAUAUUUACACAGAACCUAUGAAUGACAGAACAAAAAAUUCUGUCAAGUAUUUCUUGUAGAAAACAUGCUUGCCAGGAAAGAAAGGAAUAUGAAUUCUCAUGGCACUAAAAAAAAUUACUGGAAAGUAGAUGGAGGGACCUUCAUAGCUCCUGACAUGCCUCAGAAGUAGCACGCUGGCUAGCAGAACAGAAACACCAACCCUCCCUCCACUACUCCCAGGUAUAGUAAUUGUCCACUUAAUAUUUCAUGCUGAUCUGCCUACAGAGCACAGCAUGCUCCUCUUGUCACUAUAUAUCCACCUUUCUAGUUUCCCCAGGGCUCACUUGGUUUAUAACUCGUAUCUGAACAUAUGCACAAAAUGGCUGCAUUUGGUGUAUAGUUUAUGUUAUCUAGAGGCAAGUGGUGUUUGUUGAGAUAGGACAGGAGAUCUAAUUAAUAAAAAGCUAGAUUAUGACACAUUUUUGCACACAGGAACAGCAUUAAAAUGAUAGCAUUCCUGUUUCCAUUGGUAAUUGUGCUAUGCCAGACUGGAGCCUAUAGACCGGUGGUGGGAUUCAGCAGGUUCACACCACUUUGGCAGAACCGGUUGUUAAAAUGGCACUUGUAAACAACCAGUUGUUAAAUUAUUUGAAUCCCACCCCCGGAACCGGUUGUUAAAUUAUUUGAAUCCCACCACUGCUAUAGACGUCUGUGGCUGGACAUACCUUUCUUCUUUUCUCUAUUAAUCUCUGAGGUAGCAGGAAGAGGUUCCAUAGUGAAGCUCCCUCCUGCCUUCUUUAAUCAUUGUUCCAUUACUCACAGUUGAUGGAAAAAACACUGGCUGCCAAUUAAGAGGGAUCCUAAUGGAUGAGGUUGGCUUUACUAAGCACUUUAUUCUCUUGCUUGCCUGUAAUGUAUUUAUUAAAAAGAGACUACUAAUCGACUAGGUGAGUUGAAUGCUUUUGGAAUAUGAUGAAGUAAUUCUAUACUUGUGAUGAAUUAUGGUAAUAAAACUUGAUGAAUUGCACACAGAGUUAUUGUUACGACUUUGAAAAAUCAAGAGGUGAUUGGUUGGGAUGUGUUAUUGAUUCAUUUUCUUACUUACUGAACAUCCUCACUCUGACCUCAUGGUUCAUGUCAGUAAACCCUUCACCCUUCAUCUCAUGUAGCCAUGAGCUCUUGGUAUAAUGUGAUCUUUCCUCUUCUCUGUAUCCAACCUAAAAGAUCCAUUUGUGCAGCUUUCUUCCCUUUGGCCCAAUAAACUUUGUCCUUCUCAGCAUCAUUCAAACCAAGUUUUCUCUAUUCUAUGUACUGUGAUUUCAGUCAUCCAUUUGCUCUUUAUUGUUAUUGUUUGUUAUUCAUUAUCAGCUGGAUUUUGGGUUUCUGCUUCAGUGUAAUUAAAAGUCAUUGCCUGUCCUCCCUCCUGUGUUAAUUUAAUUCAUCAGCUGUCACUCAUCUUUGAUCUAGCUUUGUAUUUCUUAAGCAGCCUAAUUGUAGAUAAUUUCUUUCAUAUUAGAAUGCCAGAGUAUGAGAAAAGACUGAAAUAACCAAUGUUUAAGAAAGCACGCUAUCUGCUUGCUUGUGGUAUGUCUGUGUGAGAGAGGAACAAGGAAUGAUUUUUUAAAACUGUUUUAAAGGAUGCCAGAGGAGAAAGAUUGCUCAUUGCCGAUGGCAUUAUAAACAGUGUACUUAAAUUUUGGUCUUGUACAAUCCCAGAAAUUUCAUAAUCCUGUAAGCAUCUAAUGGGUUUUUAGAAAUUUUCUAACACAUUGCAUCAAAUAUUGCCACACACAAAAGUGGGCAAGAGUACUUGAAUAUAUAUGGCAUGGGGCGGGGGGGGGGUGACAGCCCAGAAACAGGAGAGAAAAAAGUAAUGGACAAUGAAUACUUGAGAAAAAACAUAGGCCAACAGAAACAAAAAUGAAUAGUUACAAAGCUGCAGUGGUGGUUUGAGUCAUUGUAUGUAAUCUGUUUGAAGUUAUUUAAUAUACAUGGAAAAACACCGCUAUAGAAGCAUUCUUUCUUCUUAGUUCUAGGUACCUUAUAUGAAGACUUUAAAGCUCUUCCAUGACAGGUCAUGUAGCCAUUCUUCAGAUACUUGUGUUGAAUUUAAAUUUACCAGAGAAAAUACUGAAGCAUAUGCUUGGGCUGUACACUUAAAAUAAGUACAGAUGUUCUUAUCCCAAGGAUUUGAAGGUAGCUUAUACUUGACAGUUUGCACUCAGUUAUGGAUAGACAGAUACAAUGCAUGUGAGUCCCACAUCAGUUGUGACAGGUGCAUUCAUGUAGUAAGCGUGUAAGUUGGAUUUAAGGAUUAUGGCUCUUUCCCUAUUUCCCUCCCCCCAGCAGUUAUUCCCUUCCCUGGGAAAGCUUAUGCCUGGUGUUAUGGGGUCAGUGUGGUUUAAUAGGCACACAGGGCAGGAGGCUGCCACAGGGAGGGGGUGAUUCCCUUCCACAUUCCUGCUUCAGACUAGUAGUCUGCAUGGCUGCUACACUAUGGCCUCAAGACCCCAGAAGUGAAAUUUCCUGGAGUUGGAAAGGACUGCUGUGAGGAGAGCAUGAGAAAGACUUGUGAUUGUCAGUACCUGACAAAUCAUGGAUUCCAAUCUUGUAUCUUUAUACUACUUAGGAGCAGCGAUGGCACAAUUCAUAGGCUUCUUGCUGUGGAAUAUUUUAGAGACACACUGCACAGACAUACUUUACAAACAUGCUCUUUCUGCUUAUAUAAUUUCUGUGCUUGUAUCCGAGUACAAAAUGUCAGACAUAAUGCUGCCAGGAUUUCUGAACCAGUCUCAAUAUGCAUAUUGGAUAAAAUUCAACCAUAAUUUAUCACUUUUACGUUUGAUUAAGUUGAACAGAGAGUUAAGAUGUGCUUGAAAUCAGCAAAAUUUUAAAGUGUGUUGCUUGAAUUAUACUCAAAUACUUUGAUAACUGACACGACUUAUUUCUUUGGAUGGGUUUAUUCUUCUGAUAUGUGUGCUUUUGACUUUUACCUAACACUACUAGAAUUUCGAUGGUUCUAUGGUGUUAUCACUUCAGUUUCUUGGGAGAUGGUGUUGCUUGGGAUAAAAGAAAUGGCACAAACCAGAAGAAAAUCUGAAUUUAUACUAGAAUGUAACCAUGAAAAAUGGAGACAAAAACAUCAUGAGAUUAAUGAGCAUGGGACAUACUUAUUUCUGUAUCUCAAUCAUUGAAUUUGUGACCGAAAGUAGACUUUGACUGAACUUCCAGAGAACACAGUUUGUAUGCAAAAAAAAAGUUAACUGUAAGAACUGAAUAUGAAUAAAAUUCUAUUUCUGAUAAAGGUC